GGAGAGGCAUGCGGGUGCAUCAGUACUAGGCCCCACGAAUGCAAUAUCUAUCCAGGCACGAGCCAGCUGUGGGAAACCAGGUUUCUGGAAUCCACCCAGCUGUAGCAGCCAUGGCGAAGCCAAGAACGGGGCUGCUGCUUUGCGCUUGGGCCUUGUUGGCCGUCCGCUGCUGGCCAGGUGCUUUCGCCCGGGGCACUGGAAGAUUCCUGCGACCCCGCGGGGCCGCAGGCUUCGCAGGCCUCGGCCUCAGAGCAGAGGAAGGAUCCAGCUCGGUGAAGCUGAUGCUGAACGCGGAGGAGCGUGUACAGCUCAUGGACCUGGGCUACAGCGAAGAGGAGGCUGCAGAGAUGAGAGUGGAGCUGGCGCAAGCCGUCCUGGCGCGGCAGACGCGGCGGCCGUGGGGCGAGCGUCCCAUGCCCGAGGAAUGGCGGGACCAGGCAGUGAAGGCCGCGCGUGAGGCGGACUUGGAGCGACUGCAGGACCCAUCGGGCGCCGCACGUGACUCUGCGAAUGGGCCGGAUUUUGCGCUGGUGGUGGGCACCACGGUGGUCGUUUUGCUGCUGAUGUUUGCCGUGCUUGUGGUGGCUGGCACGCCCUUGGAAGGGCCAAGCACCUACUUGCCACCGCAACGCCUUCCGGAGUAUUCCUUGAAGUCCUAGACGGAACUCUCCGCAGUGCUGCGCAGUCCGCAGUUCGGCUUUUCAUUUUUUCCGGGAGCACUCGGCCGCCAAACAAAGCGGCUGAUUGGUGCGCCGGCGCACUCUGCGGAAAA